AUGCCUGCUGCGAUUGCUGAGGGCUGCGAGCCGUUCCUGUCGAAGCGGACGACGAGCCUGCUGUGGACGCAGUGGCAGGCGGGGCUGCUGCAGCGUCUGAACGAGGAGGUGAAGGGCACGCCGCAUGCGACGGAAUCGGUGGUCGAGACGGUGAUGAGCACAGCGCGCGACCGGCAGAAGAUCCUCAUGUUCAACUACGCGUCGCUGGCGCUCAACACGAGCUUUUUCCUCGCGGGCCUCAAGCCGCACGACGCGCAGGCGUCGCGCGCGUACCCGCAGCCGUCCACGCACAUGGGCGCGGUGCCGACGUUCUACGGCAAGACGCUCGCGACGGCGAUUGCCGACCAGUUUGGGUCCCUGCCGCAGUUCAAGCUCGCCGUGUCGGCGGCGGCCAUGGGCAUGGUGUCGAGCGGCUGGGUGUGGGUCGUCAAGGACGAGCACGGCCGCCUCGGCGUUGUGCCGACGUACGGCGCCGGCACGGUGCUCGUGCAGCAGCGCCGCCAGAGCGGCCCGAGCGACCUCGUGACCGCCGUGCAGGACGGGCAGGGCGGCGCGGCGCCGGACGCCGCCGAGGCGCCCGCGCCGGCCCCCGCGCCGNGGCCCAGAGCUCGGCGGCUGGCGCCAUCGGCCACCAUCUAUACCCCUUGUUCUGCGUCAGCGUGUUUGAGCAUGCCUGGCUCGGCGACUAUGGGUUCUGGGGCAAGGAGCGCUACCUGA